UUUGAACAAAGGGCUAGAUUCACAAGCGGACUUCCAUUCACAAAACCCCAGAAGAAAAGGUACAGAAAAGGAUCUCGGUGAAUUCUUUCUACAUGAGCCAUACAAGCAUCGUUGGAGCAACUCUGUCACAAGAGAAGCAGCCCAGCCCCCUCUAGCCAAGGAGCAAGAUGAAUCUGAUGUGCAGCCACACUUGUGGAUGUGGGUGAACCCCAACCUGGUUUGCCCCAUAACAGGAUACCCCAAUAAGGGAGUCCCAGGAAAACCAGUGCAUUCGGUAGCUCCUGCACCCAAGGCGGCUGUUAGAAAACCUACUUCAGUAACACCAAGGCCCCAAGUAGCUGCUGCCCUACAAACUUCCUCUGGACAAUGUGUUUCAGUAUCCCCAGUAACUGCUGCACCCAAGGUCUCCGCUAGAAAAUAUAGUUCAGAAAAGGCAGUGACCCUCAUCACUGCCCUGAAGACUUCUCCUGUUGCCUCUGUUUCCAUGCCCCCAUUGGCUGCUGCUGGUGCUGUGAUCCUGCAGGCUUCCACAGUCAAGAAAGUUCCCAGAAAACUAGUGUUCCCUGUAUUAUUGGCAACUGUUGCACCCAAGGCUUCUACUCCAGUAAAACCAGUACCUCCAGUAGCUGCUGCACACAAGGCUUCUAAUAGAAAACAUGCUUCAGUAAAGACAGUGCCCCCAGUAGCUGACACCAUGCAGAUUUGCACACACACACCGGAAAAAACCAUGUUCCUGGAAGCUGCAGCACUUGAGGACUCCUAUCAGAAACCAGUCUUAAUUGACUCCAAGCAACUCUGUCCCAAGGAGGAGGUGCUACUGUGCUCCAGCAAAGCAAAGCACUGAGAUUGAUAUGACCUGUGACUCCCACAGCCCCAGUGACCUGGAUGACUUGACACCUGUCCUUCAUCUCUUCUUUUGGCUAAAUGAUGCUGACUUCAAAAUGACCUUUGCCAGCAAGAGGCUACUGAAGAUGGGCUUUGUGUGGAAAGCAACCCAACCUUCUUCUCACUCUCAUAUGGAGAACAAGUCAAAUGCCACUUGAGUGCAGCCAUAUUAUGCCCCCUUUUCCACAGAAAUUCCGGGCUCCUGCUGACUUCAAUGGGUUGGGUGGUGCUUAACACCUGUUCCAGACUGUGUUUCAGGGCAGGUCUGAAUAGUUUUGGUUUUGUUAAAUCUGUGCCAAUUUAGUUAAAAGGGUUCAAUACCCUAUUCAUUUUGACUUAGCUUGCAGUAGUAAAACUUCUAAAUUGUGCUGUCCACACUAGGGUGUUGAACUGAUCUAACCUGUUUCUUUUUUCCCCGCAAGGUGAUCUAGUUAAAUUGGUGCCAAAACUGAUGUAGACAAGCCCCAGGUAGUACUUCUACCUGUCCUCUCUUAGGGAGGAAAGCUGCCACUGUGCUGGCUGGCACUACAGGUAGGGAUCCCCUUGCUAGGGAUCAAAUAAAACUACUUUUUUUUUUAAAGUCACUUUAAAAUAAAGCUUAAGUCUGUAUCAGCUAUGAGCUUGCCAGGCAUCUAUUAAAACUUCAGUUUCCUUUUAA